AUGACAGGUCCACCUAAACACAAAAUGCGUUCCAAGUCCGAUUCUUAUUCCUACGUCAUUGAUAAAGCAAUGGAUAUCGAAAAAUCUAUGGGACAUCAAGAAGUUAUCAAGCAAAGCAUUACUCAACGUGCAACAUCUUUCUCUAUGGGACAUCAAGAAGUUAUCAAGCAAAGUAUUACUCAACGUGCAACGUCUUUCGAGCGUGGAAAUGCCAUGAACUGGUACAGCAAGUUUCUCGCCAAAUGCUACUUCGAAUUUCUCUGUGCUAUCGCCAUUCUUACCUUGAUCCCUGUCGUUAUUAUUCUUGGCUUCAAUUGCUACUCCAAUCGAACUGAAAGUUACGUGUCUGGGCACAAGUUUCUCGUGUACGAUUUCAAGGGUGUUGCUCCAUUGAAUAACAAUUUAGUCCUCCAACCAGGAAGACAUAUCUGCGAUUCAAUUACCGAUAGUGCUCAAUGCCACGAAACAUACCUGGAGUAUGAUAUCAGUGGAUUUGUCUUCUUGUUUGUUGGAAUGAUUCUGGUUUUCUCGGUUACAUCUAAUAUAGUCCAUAGGCGUUUAUGCACAGAGAUUGAGAAAUUGCAAGGCAGAUUAAUCAGAUAUGAAGAUUUGUUGAACAAUGAGGGACAGCUGUACACUAAGGUCAUAUCAGAGAUCUUAUCCGGGGGUUUGAAGAAAGAAAUUCUAGAGAAGGACAGUCAAGUUACCAAUGUCAAAAUGGCUUGCAAGAAGGACUCUGCUGAUGCUAAAUUGGAGAUGGACCACGAGAAGGAAUACAAUCAAAAGAGAAAACAACUUGAUGAUAUCAUUCAAAUGAAUCUUUCGGAGACUUUGGGACUAGAACCAUGCGACUAA